AUGAGUUCCUCAUUAACAGACCAUGAAAAAGGAACAACACAUCAUAUAGAAAGUGCCACAUCUUCAAUAGAACAUAAAUUAUCAAUAUCAGAAGAAGAAAAAGAAAUAUCAGAAGAACAUAAACAAUAUUUAAUAAAUAAACAUGGUACAUAUAAUUUAAUUCCUUUACCAUUAAUGAAUGAUAAUGAUCCUUUAAAUUGGUCAAAUUUUCAAAAAUUUUUACAAUUAGGUAUGGUUGCAUUUCAUGGAUUUAUGUGUACUUUUAUGGCUUCUGGUGUUGUACCUGCUUUUGGUGCAUAUUCUGAAAUUUUAGGUAAACCAACUCAUAUAGUUAGUUAUUUAACUUCUUGUCAAAUUGUCUUAAUUGGUAGUUUUCCAAUGGUUUGGGUUCCAAUAAUGAAUAGAUAUGGUAAACGAUUAUUAUUAAUUAUUUCAGUAUUUGGUAGUAUGUGUUUUGCUAUUGGUGCUGUAUUUUGUACAAGUUAUGGUAAAUUAAUUGCAAUGAGAUGUUUUCAAGCCAUAUUUAUAAGUCCUGGUUUAGCUGUUGGUGGAGCUAUAGUAAGUGAUACUACUUUUGCACAUCAAAGAGGAUCAAGAUCUGGUGUUUGGUCGAUUAUGGUCAAUUUAGGUACAAUGGUUGGUCCUUUAUUAAUGGGAUUUGUUGCACAACAUGUUCCACCAAAAUAUAUUUUUGUCGUUUUUGCAGUUACAAAUUUCGUUCAAAUGAUUUGUUAUAUUUUAUUAGGUAGAGAAACUUCAUUUAAUAAGCAAGAUAUGUCAAGAAAUAUUAAAAAUCCAUACAAGCAAUUAUUUAGAAAAAAUGCAAUUUUCCCAGAGAAUAAAAUUACACCAUUGAUAAUUUUAAGACCAUUAAAAUAUUUAUUAAAUUGGAGAGUUUUUAUUCCUACUUUUGGAUAUACUAUGUUAUUCAUGCAUGCAAAUAUAGCAAUAAAUGUUGAGAUUCCACAAGUUAUGAUUGCAAAAUUUGGAAUGGGUCCACAAGCAUUAGGUUUACAAUUUAUUUCAUUUAUUAUUGGUACUGUUAUUGGAGAAGCUGGUGGUUUUAUAUCUGAUAUGUUAAUUAAAUGGGGUAGAAAUAGAGGUAAAGGUUCAAGUUUUAGAUUAUGGUUAACUUAUCCUGGUUAUAUUUGUGCUAUUGUUGGUCUAAUAAUUUUUGGUGUAUUAAUACAACGACUCAAGCAUUACAACGUUGUGGUUGCAAACGUUGGUCUUGUUAUUGCUUCAUUGGGCCUUCAAUUAGCCACUUCUCCUAUAAUUGCUUACUGUAUAGAUUUUGUUGGUCCUAGUGAAGCUGGUUCAGUCGUUUUAUUUAUUACAUUUUUUAGACAAUUAUUAGCAUUUGUAGGGCCAUUUUAUUUCCCUGUGAUGUUUGAAAACUUAGGUUUUGCUAAAUCUUAUGGAAUAAUGGCUGCUUUGAUUGGGGCUUUAGGUUUGAUACCUACAUUAAGCUUACAAUGGUUUGAAUCAAGAAGAGGAAGAUGA